AUGAGUAAAAAUAAAGUUCGCCGGCAUUCUAGUCGUCGUAAAAAGUAUAAAGAAGUAGUUCAAUCACGUGUAAACAGUAAAACUCCUGUUCAAUAUACUCGUCGGUUAAAAACAAAAAAGCAUAAAAAGUUAAAAAAUAUUGGAGCAAAUAAUUCAAAUUUAGAACUAUACAAUCGUCCACCUAAAGUUAAUGAUGAAGAUUAUGUUCCAGCAAGUUUUAAACAAAUGUUACUUAUGAAAGAAGGUAAAUGGAAAACUCUACUUGAUCCAGCUGUUGGUGAUACUAAAGGUAUGAAGAAAAAAGAUGAACCAGUUCCUGUCUUGAAACAAGGUAAACAUGAAUCAGAUGCUCAUUAUUUGGGACGACUUCAUAAAGAAGUUGAAGAUGAAUUAAAUAAGGUGGAAUUCUCCAAGAAACAACGAACUGAACUUAUUCCUACUACAGAAGUGAAACAAAGUAAAAAGAAACGUAAAGCUAUCAAACGUUUAAAUGAUAAACGUAAAGAAAAACGUUUACGUUCUAUUGAAAAACGUUUGACAGGGUUUGAACACUUACAAGAUAAAGUGAAAUUCAAUGAAGUUGUUAUGGCACCUCCAUUAAAAUUGACUAAACCUAAAAUGGUAUUUAAGAAGAAAUUGGAUCAAAUACAUAGUUUAGACAAGUUAGUUUAA